AUAGCUAGUCAUUGCUAAUUACCUCUUCUUCUAAGUCGAUGUGGGACAAGCAUAAAUUUUUCUGUACAGCAGCUGGACAACAUAUGUUUGCAGAUAUGGUAUAGCUAACCUUUUGGAUUAUCAUUAAUUCGAGAUCUCAAAAUGUCGUCUACGAUCUCUCAGUUAUCAUGCUUCUCCUCCAUUAAAAUCAAUUUUCAUUUUCAGCAACGCCGAUCACUUUCGAUCCUCAUUUAUCGUCCAAAGAUAUCAGCUGUUAUGAGCGUUGAAGGACAUGAUGAUGAAACUUCGAGUGCUGGCAACAUGCCUAAGCUAAGCUAUGUUGCUGAUCAAUCAAGCUCCAGUGUAGAACCAGUAGUGAAGUUGUAUCCAGGGGUAGAGGAGCAUGCCAAUGUUAACGGAAAGGUUGGCGUCAAUGCAUCUCCGGAUCCAGCUGUUGUUGGAAAGAAGAAUACAGCAAAGAUUCAUGACUUUUGUUUUGGAAUUCCUUUUGGUGGCUUUAUUCUGACUGGUGGAGUCUUUGGCUCAAUUUUCUCGAGGAACUUGGCAUCUCUUAGCACGGGUGUUCUAUUUGGAGGUUCUAUUCUAGCAUUUAGCACAUUCAGUUUAAAGGUUUGGAAGCAAGGAAAAUCGUCGUACCCUUUUAUCAUUGGACAAGCAGUUCUUGCAGCCACCUUGUUCUGGAAGAACUUCAAAACCUACUCAGUGACAAAAAAAUUGUUCCCGUUAGGACUCUAUGCUUUAGUGAGCGUUUUCAUGUUGGUCUUUUAUACUUAUGUGCUGCUUUCCGGAGGCAAUCCACCCCCAAAGAAAUUGAAAUCCGCAGCCGAAGUUGCAUCAUGACGAAGCAUUUGAAGGUUAGAUUGGUCCGACACAUACAUUUCAGGUAAAGCAUUAAGUUCGAGCAACAGAGGGUUGAUGGCAAGAUGAGCAGAAAUGAUGAUUUCCAGUCAAUGCAAGAUAUACUCAUACAGUAGUAUAUGGUGACUCGAUUUUCGAUAAACUUUGUUCGUAUGAAGUUAAACAUGCCCGUUCUCCCCAUCGGUGUGGUAGAAAUUGUCUUAUGAUUUGUCGUAAAGGAAAGAAAUGGUCUUAAAUUUUUAUGUGAAAUAUUUUUUCCAGUUUGGAGUGUAAUUUUUCUAUGAGCGAGAUACACCGAAUAUAUCUAAAUAAAAGAACAAUUUAUAUUUAUGGUUUAGUUAAAUAUAAGAAUCACUUUUUCUUCCUGUAUUACAUAUAAAUUGGGCCCUUUGAAUGCCUUCCAAUUAGGCUAGCCAAAGAUCACCCACCAAUACCAUGGUCUUUUGGGAAUUCUAAGAGAAGACACUAAAAACAAAAGGUUUUGGUAUGUUUACUACUAAAAACUUCAUUUCUCUUAAAAUCUAUCUUUUAGAUGAAAGUUCUACUAAGAGUGAUAAUAUGAAAAUCCUGUUUUUGUUUUAGUUUAAACGCAAGUGCCAGUUUUUCUCAAGUAAAGCCAUUUUGAUUUUCAUACACUCCUUCCACCCUCAGCUGAUCCCUAUUAUUAAAAAAAUAACGAAAAGAGUGAUAAUAUUAUUGUUCACCGGAAGAUGCAUGAUUCCCACAUUAUCAAUUGGCGUUUUUAGAGUUGUAUACUAUUCCUUCCGUUUCAUAUUAUUUGUUACGUUUUGAUCAAAAUUAUAAGAGCCUU